AUGAGUAAUAAGAGAAAUAGUUCGAUUUUGAGACAAGAUGAUUACGAAAUUAACUAUGAUGAGUUGAGUGCGCUUCUAUCAGAUUCUAGUGAUUGGGAUGACCUAAGCAUGGACAGUCCUCAGCAUAAGCGUAAUUGUCAGGCACGACCAAUAGCUGGUGCAAAUAAUGUGGAAAUACCGAGACCUAUUCUUCGAACGCCAAAAGCACAAUUGAAGGCACCACCUGAUUGUGGGCGCAGUAUAAGCGGACUUUCCGAGAUUGAUGAUAGCUCCAUAAUCGAAUUACUUCAAGAUAAAAAACCAUUGGAAAAGAAUCAAAUUUUACAAAACACACAUGUUUUACCAAGAGAGACAAAACCGCCUAUGUUAGUUCCUUUGAAGGAAAUAGUACCAAAACCAGAGCUUAAUGUUCUUGAAAAUAUUUCCUUAAUGGCAGAAAGUACGCAAAGAGCAAAGCCACAGUCAAUGAAUCCAAGCUCACUAGAUAUCUCCAAUGUUGAUGAAAAAGUCAUAGAGAAGCACAUUGAGAUUCUAUCGCCGAAGCAAGUAAAUAAGGAGCUUAAUGAUUUGACCAACUCCGAUAGCAGUCUGCAAAUUAAUGAAGUUUUAAAGAAAGACAUAUCUGAAUUAAGCACAGAAGAAAUACAAUUUGCAAAAGCACAAUUGGGAGAGAAAUUUAGAUUUUUAACUCAGAGGACUGUAUUCACAGAUGUGAAUAAGAAGCAAAGUAGAAUUGCUGCGCCUGAUACUAGGAAAGUAAAAAUUCCCAUUAUAUUAAGCAAAGAACAAGAGGCUGUCAUCGAUUUGGCCGAAAAGGGUCAUAACAUAUUCUAUACAGGUAGUGCGGGCACAGGUAAAUCUGUAUUGUUAAGAGAGAUGAUUAAAGUUCUUAAAAAGAAGUAUGGGCCUGAAAGGGUGGCAGUUACUGCUUCGACCGGGUUAGCAGCAUGUAAUAUUGGAGGUAUAACGGUACACUCAUUUGCGGGUAUUGGUCUAGGUAACGGCGAUGUUACGAAGUUAUAUAGAAAAGUACGAAGAUCAAAAAAGAAUGUUAAGAGAUGGUCUGAGAUAAGUGUACUUGUUAUUGAUGAGAUUUCGAUGCUCGACGGUGAACUUUUUGAUAAGUUGGAUUUUAUUGCUCAGAAAAUUCGCAAAAAUAGUGAUCCUUUCGGUGGAAUUCAGAUUGUUUUAUGUGGUGAUUUCUUUCAACUACCUCCAGUUUCAAAAGAUCUGAGUACUCCAAUGAAAUUUGCUUUUCAAUCAUUAGCUUGGCAAAAGGCAAUUCAUGUGACAAUUAUGCUGGAAAAGGUUUUCAGACAACAAGGUGAUACUAAAUUUAUUGAUAUGCUGAACCAAAUGAGAUUGGGUAAAAUUGACAUGGAGACAGAAAUGGAGUUUAAAAAGUUGAACAGACCUUUACCUAAUGAUGAUAUCAUUCCAGCAGAACUAUAUAGUACUAGAGCUGAAGUUGACCGGGCAAAUAGAUCAAGGUUAAACAAGCUGCCAGGGCAGGCAUUCUGUUAUAAUGCCAUCGAUGGAGGUACUCUGGAGGAUCAAGAAAUGAAGGAUCGAUUGCUGCAGAAUUUCUUAGCUCCAAAGCAAUUGCAAUUAAAGAUUGGUGCACAAGUUAUGAUGAUCAAGAAUAUAGAUGCACAGCUGGUCAAUGGUUCUCUGGGGAAAGUUAUUGCCUUUAUGGAUCCUGAAACAUAUUUAUUCUAUAGCACUAUUUUGGCAGACUCAUCUGUUACACCUGAUGUCAUGGAGGAGAUGAAGGAUAAACCAGAGGAAUUAAGAGAGAGAUAUGCAGGUGAUGAUGAAGAUGAGAAAAUGAGGGUGAAUAAGAAACGCGAAAGGUUCUAUGAAGGAAAUCCCAAUGUUGUUCCACAGGAUGAUCUCGAUGAUUCUAUAUUUGAUUUCAUGACCCAAGCCACAAAUGUUAGUGACGACGCUAGAAACGAUAUUGAGAGAAAGAAGAGAAUCAUCAAGGAUCUUUACAAGAAUGCAGACUCUAGAAAGAGACUACCAUUGGUAACAUUCAAGACUGCUGAUAUGUCUACUCGAACAGUACUAGUAGAGCCUGAGGACUGGGCCAUCGAGGAUGAGAAUGAGAAACCUUUAGUGUCGCGAGUGCAGUUGCCACUGAUGCUUGCUUGGUCUCUUUCGAUUCAUAAGUCACAGGGUCAAACUUUACCCAAAGUUAAAGUUGAUUUGCAAAGAGUAUUUGAAAAAGGUCAGGCCUACGUUGCACUUUCAAGGGCAGUUUCAAGAGAAGGUUUGCAAGUGUUAAACUUUGAUAGGAGUAGAAUCAAGGCACAUGAUACAGUUGUUGAUUUCUAUAUGACUUUGGUCACAGCAGAUCAAGCCAUCGAAGACCUGAAGAGGCGCAACGGUGGAUCCCUCGAUAAGAAAAAGGCAUAUGCACCACGACCAGCUGCACGACUCGAUCGCUCUCAAACCGCUCCAUCUAGCGGUAUAACUGAGAUGCUAAGAAGGAGGUCUAGGAAAGUGGAAACAGAAUCAAUCUAG